AUGGCUUCUCCCUUGAUCCCGAGAACUAUAUUCAUCCGGUCGCUACGAGAAUCUAGUUAUUCAUUACCAGUCCGGCCCGAGUUUCUCGUUUCUCCAUCUGCCAAGUUGGUCAAUCCUCGUGGCCAUGUCGUGAACACCGAUUCUGUCACCCAGACCUUUUCAGCGUCAGUGAUCACAGGACUGAGCGAUGAAAGAAUGCUUUCGCUCUUUACUACCGGCUUCUUUGGCGGGUUUGUCUUUGGCUUUGAGCGCUUCAUCUUACGUAUCGGGGGCUACAGGCUUCUCCCCGCCAGGUACACAGCUUUUGAACCUCCCCCUGACGCAGUAACGAUCUGGGACAAGGCCAACGUGCCCAAUACCCAUCUGCUUCCUGUCGGCAGCUGCUUUUUCGGCUCGUUCCGCUUGCUAACCAAGCACAUCGCCGCUGUUCCCUAUGUAGAAGAGCCCAGCUACGUCGACUACGGCUUUGGCUCGGACGAGUUCAUCUUUGGCGGCUGCCACCGAUUCCAGAUCACCCGCUUGCCUGUCGCAGAAAAGGAAGAAGCUCAGAUACAGAUAGAGCUGCAACAUCUCCGCUGCAAUCCACAGAAGAACCAACCCUCCUUGGCUGAGUAUAUUGAGCGCUUUCACUACAUCUAUGCCAAGAUGUUAUUUGCCAACGGAAUCCAGGCACUAUUAUCAAGAUAG